CUCUCUUCCUCCUCCUCCUAUUCCUCUUUGCUCUAUCAGCUGAUGCCUGAAAAUGCCACUGCUGGCCAGGAAGUGCUCAAGAAAAUAAAAACGAAAGCGCACAGAAGCUUCAGGACAACAUGCGCUAAUGCUCCGGAUACUCUCGGACGUUGGUUAGAUGACGUGAUCUGCUGUCUGGCAGGUAAAAAAUAAGGAAGAGGAGAAGAUGGCACAUCAGGGCAGCGGACAGGCCUGGGGAAAACUUGUGAAAGUCGACAAAUCUCUGGGUUCAGAGAUAUUGCUUAUAAAUAGAGAAUGCACGGUGGGAAGAAAAAAAGAUUGUGACCUCUCAUUCCCGGCUAAUAAACUGGUCUCAGGGAAUCAUUGCAAAAUCACUCAAGAUCAGAACUCAGGAAAGGUGUGGCUGGAGGACAUGAGCACCAAUGGAACAGUGGUCAACAUGUCCAAAGUGGUGAAGAAACAGAUGCAUUUACUGCAGAAUGGGGAUAUCAUUCACUUUGUGUACAGGAAGAAUGAGCCAGAGCAUAACAUCGCUUACGUUUAUCAGGCCAUCAGGCCACAGGAAAGUGCCUCACAGGAUGUUGAAGACGCUGGAAGAGAAGAAGAUUCAGAUCUGACGGAAACCGAGAGUGAACCAGCACCAGUAGAGCCUGUUAUUGUGAAGCCUCUACCUCAGUCUGGGCAUGAGGAUCCUCAGCCAUCUACCUCCAGCUCUUCCUUACACUUCUACGACAUGCCAUUAUCUACCUGCUCUGCAGAUGUGUCUCCAAAGAAGAGCCCAGUGAGUUCUUCGGUUAUUCGUAAAGGAGAAUCCGAGAUGACUGCAUCAGCAGGGAGCCCUGGGGAGCCGCUCAUGAAUCACACUCGCGUGAAGUGGACCUGUUGGACUGAAGGAGGGCAACAGAUGGAGCCAGAGGUGGAAAUGCAGAGGAAAAGAAGAAAAACUGACAAAGAUGAUCAGAAGGGGUAUGGAUCUUCUCACAGUGACUCUGCUCAGGUUCCUCUCAGAGGAGCAGCAGGGAAAGAGAAAGCUGAAGGAGCCACAACAGACAAAAUGGAAGAAUCCCUCACAUGCAUUGUCUGCCAGGACCUGCUGCAUGACUGUGUCAGUCUUCAGCCCUGCAUGCAUACUUUUUGUGCUGCCUGUUAUUCUGGCUGGAUGGAGCGGUCCUCCCUCUGCCCCACCUGCCGAUGUCCUGUGGAGAGGAUCCGGAAAAACCACAUCCUCAACAACCUGGUGGAGGCUUACCUUCUCCAGCACCCAGAGAAGUGUCGGAGUGAAGAUGAUUUGCGCAGCAUGGAUGCCCGAAACAAGAUCACGCAGGACAUGCUGCAGCCAAAGGUGGAACGCUCCUUCUCGGAUGAGGAGGGCAGUUCAGACUAUCUGUUUGAGCUCUCAGACAAUGACAGCGACAUUUCUGACUUGAGUCAGCCCUAUAUGAUGUGUCGGCAGUGUCCAGGUUAUCGGAAGGAGCUUAGCGCUGCCCCGUGGCUCUGUGAGGCCGCUCAAUCAGAAGGGCCAGCUAAAGUGCCUGGAGACGGCCCCUCCACAUCCUCUGACACCUCCACAGCUCCUCAGGAGUUCAGAUGUCCUCCUCAGGGCAGUCACCUCAUUUGCUCCUGCUGCCUGCAGCCCAUGCCCGACCGACGCUUGGAGCACCUCCCCCCUCAGAUGUCCCCGCAGCACUGUAUGGUGUGCCAGAAGCCUUUCUGUCAUGUGUACUGGGGCUGCCAGCGGAUCGGCUGUCACGGCUGCCUAGCACGUUUCAGUGAACUUAACCUUAAUGAUAAAUGUCUGGAUGGAGUUUUUAAUGGCAAUCAAUAUGAGUCUGAAGUCCUUCAGAAUUAUUUGACUUCUCGAGGAAUGAGCUGGAGGCAUAUGCUGCAGGAAGCACUCCAGGCUGUACAGCAGGGCCUGUACCAGCUCUCCGAUUACAGAAUCACUGCCAACGCUUUCCUGUGCUACUGCUGUGGACUUCGCACUUUUAGAGAGCUUGCGUACAAAUACAGAGAGCAUAUUCCUGCACCAGAGCUCCCAGAUUCUGUGACCACCAGACCAAACUGUUACUUUGGACGCAACUGUCGGACUCAAGUGAAAGCACACCACGCUUUGAAAUUCAAUCACAUAUGUGAGCAGACGCGGUUUAAGAACUAACGCUGGAGGAGCGUCGCUUGAUUUGACAGCAGUCGUUUCUCAGCAGCUUCAUUAGUAGCCUGCUUCUGGGUAACUGAUCUGCUGCAGGCACGUGUGUGACCUCUUUACUCCUCUAGAAUGCAACCUUACAUAUGCAAAGUCAAUCAGAUGAUGAUAAACCAAUCAUCCUUGAGGUAUGGCGUCAGCAUGUGGAAACAUCUGAUCUGGAUCUGCACUGUGUUGAAACAGACACUAGUUUUCCAUGAUGUACUGACCGUCACUCUUUCAGUAUGCACACUUCAUUCCACUAUGCUAAUGACAUGCUUUCAUGCUGCAUUUCUGCUUAUAAUUGUGAAACGAGACAAUACUGGCAAUCACCUUUACAUGCAAAAAUCUCUUUAGCUUGAACCUUAUACACUAUACAAAAUAUAUAACUAACCUUUGGUGCCUGAGAAUCGACUAUGAGUGUUUGUGAGCUUUCUUUGCAUAUGUCACAUACUUCUUCCAUUUUAAUGUUCUUUCACUAUUAUUAUCAUAAACAGAGGGGAAAGCUGCUCAAGUCAUUUAAAUGCUACUGAGAAUAUUGAAAAUUUAUGUUAUAAAAAAAGGGAUGAUCGUGUUUGUCAAGUGCACUAAACUUUCCCAUAUAAGGUAUUCAGCAUCAGUAGCUGCAUUUUGUUCUUUAUUAUUUUUCUAAUCGGUAAGGGCAGUAAGCCAUUUAAAGAAAAGGUGUGUAUUUUUUUCCCUCUAACACAAGACUGAGGGUAUAUCACACUGCAGGGGAUAAUCAAGUCAAAUCUGAUUUAUAAUAAAGGCUUAGAUGCUUUCGCACAUCUCGAUAUGAUUAUGGAAGUUUUGCUUUUGGCUCAUGUUCAUAUGCAAACAAGGCCAGUUUUUAGCUAGACAGUGGAUGAUGCUUUUCCUAGUGUUUUCCUGUGUAACUAAUAUAUUUUAGUUUUUCUUUUACUUGUAGGAUUGGUGAUGAUAUAGGUAGAUGGUAUGGCCAUAUAAUAGCUGAUUAAAUAUUUUUAUAUUUUCUGACUGAGCUGUAUAUUUGGACUAGUAAAUUCAUUUUUUUUUUCAUCUUCCCCAAUAAGUUUUAUUUCAGUUCUUGUUUAACUUGGUAAACCACAUUGGUGUGAUCCUUAAAAAAAGUUACCACAGUCAGUCUUUAAAAUGUGGCAUUAAGCAUCAAAGCCACAUGAAAGUUCUGAACAUUUUACCCUUCAACAUUUUUUUUUUUUU